AUGAAUUCUAUUCGCCAGGUCCAGGCGCUCAAUAAGCGCGAGCUUGAGCAUGCGAUACCCCCAGAGGCAUCAUGGCAUGCAGACUACCGCGACACAGCCUAUAUCUACAUCGGAGGGCUUCCAUUUGAUCUAUCGGAAGGUGACGUUAUCGCGAUUUUCUCGCAGUAUGGAGAACCGGUACAUGUCAAUCUAGUUCGCGACAAGGAAACAGGCAAGAGCAAGGGAUUUGCCUUUCUGAAAUAUGAGGACCAGCGCAGCACGGAUCUUGCCGUGGAUAACCUCGGCGGUGCAACUGUCAUGGGCCGCUUGCUUCGGGUGGAUCAUGCGCGCUAUAAGCGGAAGGAUGAUGAGGAAGAGCAGGACAAUGUCGCCAAGUUGAUGGGAGAUUCGGCUGCUAGUGAGAACAAGAAGGUCAAGGAGCAUGACCGGAGAGAACUCGAAGAAAUGCGACCGAUACUGAAAGAGGAGAAGGAGCUAGAAGAACUGAUUCGGAACCACGACGAGGAAGACCCGAUGAAGGAAUUUCUCAUCGAGGAGAAGAAAGAAGAGGUCGCUGCUGCAAUUCAGUUGUGGAACAGCACCAAGAAGUCAUCUAGACGACGCGAUGACAGCAGAGAACGAUCAAGCCGGCACCACCGCCGACACCGCUCCCGCUCCCCUCGUCACCCGAAAGGGGAGAAAAAUCCAGAAGGGACCGAUCACCAAGGAAUUCGCGCUCGCCCGAGUCCCGAAGACACCGCAGUGACCGAGAUAGGCACGAUCGCCGCCAUUGAAAGCUAUACGAGAUAUUAUCAUAUAAAGUCCCCCACGGUUGUCUACGACGCUGCUACAAAUCUUUCUCGCUGA